AUGUCGGCGUGCUCCCCUGUCUGUAUGGCUCUACUGUCCUUCCUCCUCGCUCCAGCACUUGGACAACUAGACCUCAACCGACUGGACGGUGAUACCGUCUGCCCACCAAUGAGAAGCGGACAAGAUGACCUUCCAGGGUUUGAUCUGAUCACCCAGUUCCAGCUGGAUGUGAUCCCUCUGAAAGGUGUGAGGAAGGUGGACGGCUCCACUCCCCUCCAGGUGGCCUACCGCCUCGACAGGGAGGCCAACUUCCAAAUUCCAACCAUGCUGAACUUUCCUCGUGGCUUCCCAGACGAGUACUCCUUCAUGGCGACCUUCCGCAUGAUCAAGAACACGGUGAACAAGGUGUGGAAUGUCUGGCAAAUAGUGGACGAAGACGGCAACAAACAAGCCGGGCUGAGGCUAAAUGGCGACCAGCAGGCUCUGGAGUACUUCCUGAUGGGUGCCGACGGCAACCUGCAGACCGCCACCUUCCCCGGUCUUUCUGUGCUCUUCAACACCAAGUGGCACAAGGUGAUGAUCGGCGUGGAGCGCGACCAGGUCACUCUAUAUGUGGACUGCCAGCCCGUGGAUCAGAAACCCAUCAAGGGCAAGGGCCCCAUCAACACAGAGGGAGACACUCUUAUUGGCAGGCUGGAUGCUGAUCCUGACGCCUCUGUAGUGUUUGAGCUCCAGUGGAUGUUGAUUCACUGCGACCCAAAGAGAGCCCAGAGAGAGAGCUGCAAUGAACUGCCUGCUACUGAGAUGUAUGCCAAUGCGGAGCCUGACAAAUCAGUCCAAGGCCCCCCAGGAGCCCCUGGCCCAGAGGGCCCCCGUGGGCCCCAAGGAGAAAAUGGCAGAGAUGGAAGAGAUGGUCUUCCAGGGUCUACUGGCAGUCCAGGUGCUCCUGGUAGCAAAGGGGAGCAGGGGGAGAUCGGUCUUCCUGGACAGAGAGGCCUUCCUGGUCUUCCAGGAGUUGCUGGUUCUCCUGGCCUAAUGGGACCCAGAGGCCCAGUGGGAGAGAGAGGUCUUCCUGGCUUUCCGGGACCUGCAGGUCCUCGUGGCCCAGCGAGCGAAGGACCUGCUGGACCACCAGGGAAACCAGGAAUCCCAGGGGAUGAAGGAAACAUCGGGCCUGAGGGUCCACCUGGACCUAGAGGGGGACCCGGCACCGCAGGGCCUCCUGGCCCUCCUGGUCCACCAGGGCCUGCGGGACCACCUGGUGCCAGCAGUGAGGGAAGUGGGGAAGCUUGUCCUGCUGCCUGCCCUGCUGGACCUCGGGGAAUGGCUGGACUACCAGGGAUGAAGGGUCACAAAGGUGUGUCUGGUGAGCCUGGCAAAGAUGGACUGGCUGGAGAGAAGGGAGAAGCUGGAGCACAAGGUCCUCAGGGGCCACCAGGUCGCAUGGGAGAUGAUGGUCAAAGAGGGCCCAUCGGAUUCCCUGGAACCACCGGAGAGAAGGGAGACAGAGGUCCUCCUGGUUUCAAUGGCGUCCCAGGACCCACCGGCCCGCCUGGGGCCCCUGGUGUGGAGGGAAUCCGUGGGCGUCAGGGUUUGGAGGGGCCAAAGGGUGAUGAUGGAGUUGUGGGACCUCAAGGAGAGCAGGGACCCCAAGGGGAAAAAGGAGACGUUGGAGAGCCUGGCGCAGAUGGCUUGGAUGGACUUUCCGGAGCUGAUGGUGCUAAGGGAGAACCUGGUACACCUGGAGCUGUUGGUAUCAGGGGGAUUGUGGGUAUUCCAGGCCUGCCAGGGAAACAGGGAGUAGUUGGACCCUCUGGUGCAAAGGGUGAUACUGGUGCUGAGGGACCCAUUGGGCCAGUUGGACUCCCUGGAAAGACUGGUGAGCCUGGAAAAGAUGGAGCAGAUGGAAAGCCAGGAGAUAAAGGAGCAACAGGUGAAACAGGAAAACAAGGGCCAGUGGGGCCUGCCGGUUCUUCAGGAAUCCAGGGUGACAAAGGAGAUAAAGGUGACACUGGUGCCAAAGGAAUCAAGGGUCAUACUGGACACAAAGGCGAUCAGGGACCUUUGGGACCAAUGGGACCAAAGGGAAGUCAGGGGGACACAGGACUACAAGGAGAUCCCGGGGUGAAGGGUGACCAGGGUCCGCCUGGUGUUCCUGGAAUCAAAGGCGAGCGUGGCGAGAAGGGCCAAAGAGGAUCCACAGGGAUUGAUGGCAGACCAGGCCAGCCAGGCCACGAGGGUUUGGCUGGUCCAAUGGGAUCUCGAGGGCUGGAGGGAGAACCAGGCCUUCCUGGAGCACCAGGUCCCAGAGGUCUACCUGGCCCAAAAGUGAGUGAUGAGAAGCUUCGGGAAAUGUGCUCAGCCGUUGUAGAAGAACAAUUAGCAGAGUUUAAGAAAGAGCUUCUGAAGAAGCCAGCAGCCAUUGGUGCCCCUGGUAUCCCUGGACCAGCAGGACCUCCUGGCCCCCCUGGAUCAGCUGGAGCAGCAGGAGCAGCAGGAGCUCCAGGGCUGAUGGGUCCCAAAGGCCCUCCAGGCUUCUUUGGACUUCGAGGCGCACCAGGCAAGAAAGGUGAUACUGGGGAAAAGGGAGACAAGGGAGACAAGGGAGAGGAUGGCCUAGGAAUCAAAGGAAGCCCAGGCGUACCUGGUGCACCAGGUGCACCAGGUGCCCCUGGCAUUGGCAAGGAUGGCAAAAAUGGACAACGUGGUGAGGCAGGAAGUCCCGGUGUCCCAGGGUCACCCGGUUCAAGGGGACCCUCAGGACCACCUGGCCUUUGUGAUCCAUCGACCUGUAUAAGCCGACUUCCACCUCUCUAUAUGGUCAGCGGAAAGAAAUCUGACAGCUACAAAAACCCAUGA